AAAUCCAAGAGGGCGAAGCAGAGAAAGGGAAAGUAAAGAGGAAGUGCGGAUUUUCCCUCAGUCCAGAGGGAGGUUUUCGGGAAAAACGUAAUCCUUUGUGAGCGCUGUUUACAUGCGGAAAGACUCUCCCCCACCCCCCAUGCGUAAAAAGGCAGGACACACAGGACGCAGCGUUACGCGUCCUCUGCAGCUCACCUGAAACAGUGCAGUGUACAGACAGACAGGCAGGCAUACAGGCAGACAGACAGAAAGACAGGCAGGUACACAGGAGUGGAGCCGGAAGAACGAGCAGGUCGACUUAUCCUGAUAGUAACUUUUCCAUAGUAACUCUGGGCGUUUCUUUGAUUACAACCCCUCUGCUUUUAAACGUUAUUUAUUCAUGAAAGUGAAGCGAUAUCGGAGGAAACAUGACAGAGCAAGGAAAGAAGCUGAUUCUGAUCGUGGUGGAUGUUCUUUGUGUCACUGUUGCGGCUCUGCCCUCGGCCAUCCUGACGCUGAUGUUCAGCCCGUACCAACGAGGAAUCUACUGCGACGAUAAGAGCAUCAGCUAUCCCUACAGGAGAGACACCAUCUCUCACGGAGGCAUGGCUGCCGUCACCAUCAUCUGCUCCAUCGUCAUUAUCACCACAGGGGAGGCCUACCUUGUGCACACAAAGCGUCUGCACUCCAACUCCCAGUUCAACCAGUACCUGUCGGCCCUUUAUAAGGUGGUGGGCACCUUCCUGUUCGGAGGAGCCGUCAGCCAAUCACUGACCGACCUGGCGAAAUUCACUAUAGGUCGUCCCCGUCCAAACUUCUUAGCUGUGUGCGCUCCGGUCAGCUGUACAGGAUACAUGCUGCAGAUCAACUGUACCGGCAUCCCCCGCAAUGUGACAGAAUCCAGAUUGUCGUUCUACUCCGGCCACUCGUCCUUCGGGAUGUACUGCAUGCUCUUUCUGUCGCUCUACGUCCAGGCCCGGAUGCAGGGGAAGUGGACGCGACUGGUUCGACCAACAAUCCAGUUCUUCCUGGUGGCCUUUUCUCUGUAUGUAGGAUACACUCGUGUGUCUGACUACAAACACCACUGGAGUGACGUACUGGUGGGGCUGCUGCAGGGAGCUCUCAUCGCUGUGCUCACUGUCCGAUACAUGUCCGACUUCUUCAAGCAGCGCCCCCCUCUCGGCACGCGGCCAGACACAACAGAGGUCGAGCACCUCGAACGCAAACCGAGCCCGCAGCCCCCCGACUCGCAGCACGGAAACCACUACAACUACUCUGGAAAUGUAUGAGUUCCUUACAGCAAGCAUUAGUUUACGCUUACAAUCCUGGGCCUACACUCUAUCAGCAGCUCCGUUACCAAAGGACCUGUGACUUAUAUAACACAAUGCAGUAACCACUACCUGGAGAUCCAGAUUAGACAUGCUCCACUCGGAGACUUCCCAACAAUUCUGAAAACUCAACAGAUUCCCAAAACCUGUUGGAACAGAAGCUCUGCCGUCUCUGUCUUUCAGUCAGAGUGUGUGUGUGUGUGUGUGUGUGUGUGUGUGUGUGUGUGUGUGUGUGUGUGUGGUGUGUGUGUGUGUGUGUGUGUGUGUGUGUGUGUGUGUGUGUGUGUGUGUGUGUGUGUGUGUGUGUGUUUUAUAUAUGUGUGAUUGAUUUGUAGUGUUGUUCUGUUAGAAAGUAUGCAAUUAUCUAUAUAUAUUUUUUAUGUUUUUUUUUUUCUCAAUUUUGUGCUGCAUUUAUGAGGAAAAAAAAAAAAAAAACUUUCAGAUUUGUGGUUGAUAGUUUUUAUGCUGUGAGUUGAACCAAAAAGUGAGCUAAAGGCUGCUAAAGAGAUCUGUAAAUUUCAAAAACACCACCCAAAGAUUACUUUUCCGUCCUUGGAUUGAGUGACAAAACCUUGGAGGCUGAAUGUUUUCCACUUUGUUGCUUAUUGCAGUCGGAUAAGACGUUUUGUUUUACCUACACUGGAGUUAGAUUGUAUCUGUCCGUCGUCUUUCUCUGCAGAUGUCCCUAUAUUUUACUGUCUUUACAAGAUGGACUGCUUUAACUAUAUACAUGAUUAUGUAUAGUGCUAACAUUUUUAUUGUUUUUAUAACUACUGUAUCUAAUAAACUGUGUAGCUUUUAAAGAAUGUAUCACCACUACUUGGCUGUGACGUAACAGUGGGACUUUUUGAGCUGGCAACAUUGUUCUGGGUUUUUUUUUUUCUUCUCCUAGACAAACUUCACCUAAAUGGAUGGCAAAAGACAUAUGGAGCCAUUUUUUUCCAGUUUCCUUGUACCUCAAGCACUGCUGGAACUUAAUAUACCUUCAUUGACGUCCUUUUUUCCCUCUUUAUAACCAUGUGUAACAAGUUGUGAAGCUGCACAAAAUGUAAUCAUUUCUUUCAACCUGUUGGUUUUUCUGUGUAGUUUUCUCCAUAAAUAUUAGCCAGUAUGUCGUCUAUAAGAGCUUACUUCGACAGCAAGGGGAAAAAAAGAGAGGAUUUUGUGGUGAAGCAACAGAGUAUUUGGGGGUUUUUUUGUUUUCACUGAGCCAUUUCUCUGCUGUGUUCUUUUUGGAAACGGUGCAUUACACACUGACGCAGGGUUCAUGUCUGAACCUGAUGCUGACGGUAAUGGGAUUCCUCUGUACCAAAGGAAUGGGGCAGUCAGGCUUCAUACGAGGGGGUAUGUUAUCAACAAAGUUAUCUCCUCGCCUGGAUCAGUGAUAUUUAUUUCUGUCAACACAGAUAUGAUUAAGAUCUGCUUUUAAAAGGGUCAGUUCACCCAUAUUACAAAACAACACCAUAUGUACGCCUAAUAGACUUUUGUUAUGUAAAUAGUUUUGCUGUGAUUUGCCCAGGUUUUGAGGAAAUCCUCCUCCCCACUAAUACAAUGGAGGUGAAUUAACUUUCUACACACUUUACCAAAGAAAGUGCCCGGUUGCGCAAAUAUAAUAAACUCACCUAGAACGAUAUUACAUCACUCUCGGCCAUACAGUGCAUCAUCCAACAGGUAACAAGACAUUUCUGUACAGAAAUGCAAAUUGUGUUUUGGUUAAGAAAUAGUAUAGUCAUUUUUGUUUAUUUAAAAAAAAAAAAAAAAAAAAAAAAAGAAUAUUGGCCUAUGUGCUGUCAGAUUUUUGUAACUCAGUAUCGGCACAGAAACCUAGUAUUGGUCUGGCACUGCACCUCACUGUGGGUAGUUUUCAUUUACUUUCUACCAGAGAAAUCCCCAUUAAAACUGUUCACAUGUUCUGGGGAUUACCAUGACUAACAAGGACACUGAAAGGACACAGCUGAUCAAGUUUCAUAAUUUAAUGUUUCAAUUCUGUGAGCACCACACACAAAACUCUAUUCACCCUUGACUAUUCUGGCAUGGUAAAAUACUGUCUUUUAUUAUCUUUAAACCUGUAUUAUGUUUUUUUCUGUUCUUUCAACAAGCUGUAACACAACAAUCACCUUAUAAAACGGAUACUGCAAA